AUGCAAUAUGCCAGUGAUAAAGGCUGCCAAACGGAUUUGACGGCUACUACAGCCAACCUGCAUAAAGAAGACAGCGACUCGGCCAGCUUCAGAACCCUCAUCUCUACCGGUACCACGUCCGGGACCUUGUCGGAUGAUCAUAUGAAUCAGUCAGAGGCCACACCCAUGUCUGAGAGAUCCAAGGAAUCAACAAUUGUUGACUGGGAAGAUGAUAAUGACCCAUGGAUCAUAACAAUCAUGCUCGGACUAAUGACAUUUUGUGUCACAUUUGCUUCCUCUGUAUUUAGCACUGCGACGAUUGUUACUGCAAAGCACUUCCAUGUCUCGCCGGAAGUGAUGGUACUAGCCACCAGCCUCUUCGUCUUGGGCUUCGCAUUCGGGCCCAUCAUUUUUGGUCCUCUAUCAGAGCUCUACGGGCGUAAGCGACCGUUAUUUCUUGGGCUUUUCGUAUUCGCCAUAUUUCAAAUCCCAGUUGCCGUGGCUCAAAAUCUCCAGACAAUAUUUAUCUGUCGUUUCCUUGGUGGUUUAUUUGCUAGUGCACCGCUGGCGAUCGUCUCUGGGAUCUUAGCGGAUUUAUUUGAAUCAGUUGAACGUGGAAUCGCAGUCUCUAUAUUCGCUGGUGCUACUUUCAUCGGUCCUGUUGCGGGUCCCAUCGUCGGUGGAUUCAUCACCAUGUCUCAUUUAGGCUGGCGUUGGACCGGGUACAUAACUGCUAUCAUGGCAUUCUUUUUCUCAUCCAUCGGAUAUUUUAUCAUCCCAGAAACAUUUGAAGCGACUUUGUUGACCCAGCGUGCACAGCGUCGACGAGCCGAGACAGGAAAUUGGUCUCUCCAUGCUAAAGCCGAGGAGAAGGUCGUGAAUCCAAAGGACAUUGCAACUCGAUAUCUCCUCAGACCGUUUGUGAUGCUUGCUCAAGAGCCGAUAUUGAUUCUCAUCACACUGUAUAUGGGCUUCAUCUAUGGUUUCCUGUACCUUUGUUUUGAAGCUUAUCCUAUCGCGUUUCAAGAACAUCGAGGUUGGAAUGAUGGUGUUGGUGCGCUUCCAUUUGUCGGAAUUGCCUGUGGGGUGUUUAUAGGUUGUGGGAUCAUCAUUGCCUUUUCUCUGACACGAUAUCGGAAUAUAAUCCGCCGUACUGGGAGUGUGAAUCCCGAAGAGAGGCUUAUUCCCAUGAUGAUUGGGGGUAUUCUGUUGCCAGCAGGAAUGUUUUGGUUCGGCUGGACAUCAUCUCCGCAUAUCAUUUGGGUCCCGGAAGCUCUCGCUGGGGUCUUGCUGGGAGCUGGAGUGUUGCUGAUCUUCUUACAGGGAUUAAACUAUAUAAUCGAUGUCUAUACCGUUCAUGCCAAUUCGGCGAUCGCCGCAAAUACCUUUUUCAGAUCGUGGCUUGGUGCUGGGUUUCCCAUAUUUGCGAAUGCUAUGGUCAGUUGA